GAUGUACUCCUCGCGAGAGUUCGGGUUGGUUCCACUUGAUGGCUCGCUGAGGAGCACGUUGGAUCUCUGUGAUUAAGUAAAAUAAAAAAUACAUAUAGCUACUUCUUUGCCAGCGAACAAUUUUCAGCCGAAUAUCACUACACGAGGAAAAUGAGUUUGCUUGCAAAAAUUGCGGAAAUCGAGUCGGAGAUGGCCCGCACUCAGAAGAACAAGGCCACGGCUCACCAUCUCGGGCUGCUGAAGGCCCGUCUGGCCAAGCUGAGGAGGGAACUCAUCACACCCAAAGGGGGCGGCGGCGGUGGACCCGGCGAAGGGUUCGAUGUGGCGAAGACUGGAGACGCCCGUAUCGGGUUUGUGGGUUUCCCGUCCGUUGGCAAGUCCACGCUGCUAAGCAACCUGGCGGGCGUGUACUCGGAGGUGGCAGCGUACGAGUUCACCACCCUCACCACCGUCCCCGGGGUCAUCCGCUACAAGGGAGCCAAGAUCCAGCUGCUUGACCUUCCUGGCAUCAUCGAGGGAGCCAAAGACGGGAAAGGAAGAGGACGGCAGGUCAUUGCAGUGGCUCGAACCUGCAACCUGAUCCUGAUCGUGCUGGACGUGCUGAAGCCUCUGGGGCAUAAGAAGCUGAUCGAGCACGAGCUGGAGGGCUUCGGCAUCCGCCUCAACAAGAGCCCGCCCAACAUCGGCUUCAAGAAGAAAGACAAGGGUGGCAUCAACUUUACCGCCACGUGUGCCCAGUCUGAACUGGACGGCGACACGGUCAAGAGCAUCCUCGCCGAGUACAAGAUCCACAACGCCGACAUCACGCUGCGCGGAGACUGCACAGCCGAUGACCUCAUCGAUGUGGUGGAGGGCAACCGAGUGUACAUCCCCUGCAUCUACGUGCUGAAUAAGAUUGACCAGAUCUCCAUCGAGGAGCUGGACAUCAUCUACAAGGUCCCGCACUGCGUUCCCAUCUCCGCUCACCACCGCUGGAACUUCGACGACCUGCUGGAGAGGAUCUGGGACUACCUGCAGCUCGUGCGCAUUUACACCAAACCCAAAGGCCAGCUGCCCGACUACACGGCGCCCGUCGUGCUUCCGGACCAGAAGACGGCCGUGGAGGACUUCUGCCUGAAGAUUCACAAGAACCUCAUCAAGGAAUUCAAAUAUGCUCUGGUGUGGGGCUUGUCUGUGAAGCACAACCCCCAGAAGGUGGGCAAGGACCACGUCCUGGAGGAUGAGGAUGUCAUCCAGCUGGUCAAGAAGUAACCGAAAGGACCGGAACCCUUCUACACCUGUACCCUCACCCAGAACACCCCCACCGCUCUGGACACGCACACCCCGCCCCACCCAAAACAUCCACACCCCCACCACUCUGGACACCUGCACCCCGCCCCACCCAAAACAUCCACACCCCCACCACUCUGGACACGCACACCCCGCCCCACCCAAAACAUCCACACCCCCACCACUCUGGACACGCACACCCCGCCCCACCCAAAACAUCCACACCCCCACCACUCUGGACACGCACACCCCGCCCCACCCAAAACA